CUACAGAUGAGAGAGCACUAUCCUCCGGAUAUUAGUUCACUCGGCUCAACGACCAUGCACAAUGCGCCGUGAACGAUGUCAGACCUGCGCCGUGGAACAGUACACCCCGAAUUUGCUUGAUUAGUUUAUAUCGGGAUUUACUUCCAUGCGAACUGCGUACAUACGGCUAGCCUCGCGCGUUCGGGAAGAGAGGAAUUUCUGCCCUCGGCCGCUGGUGUUCGAUCACUCCGCUCCCCGUUCAGGACGGCGCAGUCAAGAUUUGCGAGCUCUCUCAUUGCUGGUCGCUAAGGAAGCCGCGCCCAGCCACCUUUCUUCUCUCAUUCAGUCCAUGUUGUCCUCUCUUUUCUUUUCAACUCUACUCUCUUACCUUGUGCGAUCGUUCUCACUGUUUUAGCUAUUCUUCACGCCUCUAUAUGGCUUUUCAAAGG